AUGCUGGUGUGGUACGGCGGUAGCGGUACGGACAUGGCAGAGCUCAAGAGCAUGGGGCAGGGUCCAUGGGGCACCGGGAGGUCGAAGCAGAGCGAGCGCAGACUCCAGGACCCAGAGACUCAGAGCGAGAGGUGCAGAGAGGCGGAGAGGCAGAAGGACCAGGUACUGUUAGGCCAUAUUUCGCAGCCAGGUAGCGCGACGCUGUGCUGGGAGGGCAAGUAUAGCGGCGAGGACUGA